AUGAAAAUCCUAGAAGAUUUGGAAUGCUUUCUUGAAACUUUAGACCUUACCUCCAUACUAGUUCCAGAGCAUAAUUAUGAGGAAAUAGAAUAUGAUAAAGAUGAAGAAAUAGAAUAUAGUAAUGAAAAAAUAGCAGAUAACUCUCAAGAUAAAUCAGAACUAGAUUCAAGUAGUGACGAAAGUGUGAAAGAUCCUGAAGAUCCUGAACAAC